GAGUGUAAAAACAACAUCUCACCUUCAUUCUUUCGUGCCACUGCUGCCGGAGCAUGUUACUGGGAGCCACCAUGGAGCGCAUUCGCCGUCAUGUAGUGCAGCGUUAAAAAAAACAAAGCGGCGUCAAUAGUCGUCGAGUGGGGCUUUGACGUGGGGGGUUACGAGCAGUCGCCGUCGUCGAGCCAUGGCCACGCGGGAAGAAGGAGAGGCUGCGCACGGCAAAGCGAGGCACCACGACGGAGGCGCGAGAGUAAACAGCUCGGAGGGCUUGAGGAACGGCUACGUAAAGAGCUGCGUCACCCCCCUCAAAGUGGACCAGCACGGGGGGUUAUGGUUCAACGUGUGCAGGUUUUGCGGCGAGGACUCCCAACUUGUCAAGGCUUCUGCCCUUUACGUCGGCGCCGUUGUCGUCCUGGCGCUGUCGUUCCUUCUGUCCCGGAGCUCGCAAAGUGACCCGCGUUGGGAUUGGCGGACCUUGUUGUCGGGCUUUUCGCAGUCCGCCAGUCCUCUCUUCAGCAUCGGCUGUGCCUUCUUCUUCCUCACCUUCUACCUGCGGAGGAGACGGAAGGAAGGCGGGCAAUGGUGGCUGCUGUCACUGCCGGCGUCGUGCUAUCUCGGGGACUUCGCCGUGCUGCGCUUCUUGCAAUGGGGAGAGGAGCAGCACCAGAUACAAAUGGUCGGCAGGUUGUUGUUCGUGUUGGGAUGCGUGGGUUUACUCACGCUCGUCCCCACGCUGAAACUCAAACACAGCGUGCUCGUACUGCUCUUUGCCAGCCUGGUGUGGCUGCUCUCCUUCACCAGUUUAGGCGGACUGCCCGCGCUGCUCAGACCGCUGCUCGCCUGCGUCGCCGGGCUCUGCGGCUCCUUGCUGGGGCUCGGCUUCGACCGCUGCUACCCGCCGAGGGACGCUGUGAGCGGGGGCGCCUGCGCGGAGGAGAAGGUCCCGGUGAUCAGAGCCAGGAGACGCUCCAGUUGUGUUUCUCUGGGGGAAACGUCGAGCAGCUAUUACGGCAGCUGUAAAAUGCCCCGGAGACCGUCGUUACCCUGCAUAUCCAGAGAGCAGAUGAUCCUUUGGGACUGGGAUCUGAAACACUGGUACAAACCACAGUAUCAGGGUGCGGCGAGCGGCAAUGGCGUUGACCUGUCAGUCAUCAACGAGGCCAGAAAUCUGCUUUCUGAGCUGCUGAUGGAUUCGUCCUUGUCGCCUCACACCAUCUCCACUCUGCACAGCAUCUCCAGCCUCAUGGGCACGUUUUCAGGGUCGUGUCGCCCCCGGGUGAACCCUUUCACGCCUUUUCCCGGAUUCUACCCCUGUGAUGAGUUGAACGACACUGUCGAGAGGAACGAUAGGAAAUCCAUUAAGGGGUUGAGUAGCAGAAACAGCCUCCCGACUCCUCAGCCCAGGCGGAGUUCCUCCUCCUCUUCUGUGCUGCCUUCACUUGACUCUCUUUCAUCCCGGUGGGACCGCAACAAUGGCAAGAGAUCCCAACCUGACCUUAACAUGGCUAGCUCAGGUCUUUCUAAUGGGCCAAAUGCAAACCUACUUACCAUUCCCAAGCAGAGGUCUUCUUCUGUCACCCUCACGUACCAUGCAGGUUCCAGAAGAGCAGGCACAUCUCCUAGCCUGAGUCCCCUCACCUCUCCCAGCCACAGUCCUCCAAGUGUAGCCACAGGUUCUUCAUUAUCCCUGGUCACCCGAUCGCCUGUAGAGUUUCCAGACACAGCAGACUUCCUGACAAAGCCUAGUGUCAACCUGAACUUGCACAAGCAUUUGGGCUACCCACUCAGCUCAUGUGACUUCCAGCAGGCAUUCCGUAGCACCGUUUUACCUCUUUGCACCAGCUGCGGGCGUCAGAUGCCAAAGGUAGUUUCCAGUGGCGAUUCAGGAGAAGUCCAUCAGCCCCUCCUGAGCGAGGCCCAACGCAGGCGCUCAGCAUCAGGUGAAGGGCCGGAUUUCCCAGUGGAGCCUUUAAUCAGGGAGGAGAGCGUGGAAGUGGACUUGUCUGCAGAGUCCUGCACCACAGGAGAUCAGAGUCAGACACAGGAGCAGAGCUCAGGCACAGAGCAGCAGACUCAGGAAUUAGAGGGUAAUCAGGAGUUCAGACUAGACGCAAUGCUGGAAGACCAUGAAGCCCUCAUGGAGAGGAUGAACACCUGGAACUUCCAGAUCUUUAGCCUGGUGGACAAAACAGGAGGAAAGACAGGACGAAUACUCAGCUAUGUGACUUACACCCUUUUCCAGGAUACGUGUCUGUUUGAAAUUUUCAAGAUCCCUGUGAGGGAGUUCAUGACAUACUUCUUUGCUCUGGAAAAUGGCUACAGGGACAUUCCCUAUCAUAACCGGGUCCAUGCUACUGAUGUGCUCCAUGCUGUCUGGUACUUAACCACUCGACCCAUUCCUGGGUUCCAGCAGAUCCACAAUGAGCAUGUGACCGGAAGUGACACAGACUCAGACAGUGGGAUUUCACCUGGCAGGAUAUCAUACGCCUCCUCAAAAAGCUCCUCCAUAUCAGAUGAUAGCUACGGCUGCCUGGCCUGGAACAUCCCAGCUCUGGAGCUCAUGGCCCUUUAUGUAGCAGCUGCAAUGCACGAUUACGACCACCCCGGUCGAACUAAUGCCUUUUUAGUUGCUACUAACGCACCUCAGGCGGUGUUGUACAACGACCGCUCUGUGUUAGAGAACCAUCACGCCGCGUCAGCCUGGAGCCUCUACCUGUCCCGGCCGGAGUUUAACUUCUUAGUCAACCUGGAUCAUGUGGAGUUUAAGCGUUUUCGCUUCCUUGUCAUUGAAGCCAUUCUAGCCACAGACCUAAAGAAGCACUUUGACUUCCUGGCGGAGUUCAAUUCCAAGGUCAAUGAUGUAAACAGUCCAGGAAUUGACUGGGCGAAUGAGAAUGACAGACUGCUGGUGUGCCAAAUGUGUAUCAAGUUGGCAGACAUCAAUGGACCAGCCAAAGUCCGCGACCUUCACCUGAAAUGGACGGAAGGCAUUGUCAAUGAGUUUUAUGAGCAGGGCGAUGAAGAAGGGAAGCUGGGAUUACCCAUCAGCCCCUUCAUGGACCGCUCCUCCCCACAGUUGGCCAAGCUGCAAGAGUCCUUCAUCACACACAUAGUUGGACCACUCUGUAACUCCUACGACGCCGCAGGUUUACUCCCCGGCCGCUGGGUCCAUGGAGACGGAUCGGAUGAAGAUGACGAGGGGCGGGUUGACUCCGACACUGAUGAUGAGGACGAGGAAGAGGAUGACGAGAUGGAGGAAGACCUGCGGCCAAAAAGGAGUAAGAGCCACCGGCAGUUAUUUUGCAGCAUCAUGCAGCACCUGACCGAGAACCACAAAGUGUGGAAGAAGAAAAUCGAAGAGGAAGAUAAAGACAGAGAUGGUGGCAAGCCGCCUGACAGCUUGCCGGCCAGCCUUCCCAUUUCACCAUCAGAUGACAUCCAGGUCAUCCAGGAGGAGGAGGAAGGGGAGUAACGUGUGUCGCAGCGUGACACAAGGAAUGAACACAUGUGGAGAAGAAGACAUUCUUCAUCCAACAGCCUUGUACACACACACACACACACACACACACACACACACACACACACACACACACAAGCACACACACACUGACAUUAAAUAGACAUCCUCCCCUCACACAACCUUUACACACCUUGAACACUGUGCAGACACUUGGAUGCUCAAAACAAACGGCCUUACCACUGUGAGCGGAUCCUCACUGCAACAGUGAGAGCCCAACUCCUAUGCACUUUGACCAUGUGGAGCGUCCCAGAGCAGCUCCAAGAAGAAGCACCAAGAGUGAGGUCCAGGGUGUUGGAGAAGAGCGUUGGAAUGACCUCGGGUGCCUUGAAUGCAAAGCGCUUACACCUCCCUUUAGGUACAAAACAAGUCCUAUUUAAACAAAAACAAAGAAGUUGAGGAUGAACCAGGCAAGCAAAAAGGAUUGACCCCCUUUACCAAAGUGAACUGUUUAGAUGUGGAAAGACCAAGCUAAGACUUUUUCAGCCUCAGCUUAGGAUUUAUUUUUUUGAAUUAUAGAAAUAAAUAUAUAUACAUAUACACUCAGCAAAAAUAUCAACACAUCUGCUUUUGCUCUCAUUUUGUAUGAGCUGAACUCAAAAAUGAAAAACUGUUUUUCCAUGUACACAAACGGCCUAUUUCUCUCAAAAUUGCCAACACUAAAUUGGCCCUAAUGUGUGACUGUUGUCUAUCUGUGCUGGCCCUGCGAUGAGGUGGCGACUAGUCCCGGGUGUACCCCGCCUUCCGUCCGAGCGGAGCUGGGAUAGGCUCAAGCACCCCUCACGACAUCAGAGAGAGACAAGUGGUAGAAAAUGGAUGGAUGGAUGGAUCACAAUCAUCCCUCGCCACAUUGCACUUCAAUUAUUUACAGCUUCACCACAUAGCAGAAUAUUUUGUUUUUUAAGCAUAUUCCACAACAUUUUUGCCCUAAAUUAAUAAUUUUAAGUAUUAAAUGACUGAAGGAGUGAAGAAUAUCAAUACUGCAGCAGUAUCGGCACCUAGAUGAGACCAAAGCAACCGGCACAUGUUCAAUAUUCUGGCCACAGAUUGUCUCAGCCUCAGGCAGCAUUACUAUAUCGGAUUAAACGACUGUAAAGGGUGACUAAAGCAGGACCUCUUAACCUUUUUGACCCCGGGGCCCAACUUUUCUUCUAGUGAGGGGCCCGGGACAUACUGAGCUAUUAACACUGAAUUAGUUGUCUUUUUCUUGAUUUUACCGUUAUUCAAUAAUUAUCUCCAACCUACUAACUACUUAUUAUUUGACAAGCUUGUCAAAUGAUUUAAAAUCAUGUGUUAAUCACAAGGCUAACAAAAAACACUAUUAGCCAAAUAUACUGCAUACGAAGGGACUCAAAUAACUGACAAACAUUUUAUUUUCAUACCAUUAUUUUGUAAAUAAACUAAAUGGAUACUAAAUAUGUUUCUUAACUUAAUUGCCAAUAAAAUUUAAAUGCAAAUGAAAAUACAACUUCAGCCUUUUAGUCAUAAUUUUUUAGUUUAGGAAACUUUUAUGACUUGUUUGUGUGAAAUUGGGGCAGCACGGUGAGGGAGGGGUUAGUGCGUCUGCCUCACAAUACGAAGGUCCUGAGUAGUCCUGGGUUCAAUCCCGGGCUCGGGAUCUUUCUGUGUGGAGUUUGCAUAUCCUCCCCGUGAAUGCGUGGGUUCCCUCCGGGUACUCCGGCUUCCUCCCACUUCCAAAGACAUGCACCUGGGGAUAGGUUGAUUGGCAACACCAAAUUGGCCCUAAUGUGUGAAUGUGAGAGUGAAUGGUGUCUGUCUAUCUGUGUUGGCCCUGGCGACUUGUCCAGGGUGUACAUCGCCUUCCGCCCGAUUAAGGCUGAGAUAGGCACAAGCUACCCCAAAGAGAAUAAGCAGUACAAAAUGGAUGGAUGUUUGAAAUUGUCAUUACUGCCACAAGUGAUGAAAAAGUUUAUUACAACUGAGUACCACUGUCGGCUGAGAAACAAAUAGUUUUUGGCCAAACGUUUGCAGCCCAACAAUGGUCCCCAGCCCUAUAGUUAAGGAACACUGGACUAAAGGGUGUUAUUUAGUGUAUGGAGGGUUGUAAGCAGUUUUUUUGUUUUUUUUAUCGUCUAGCUCUGAAAAUAUUCGAUUUAUAAUUGAAGAUUCCUACUUCGUGGAAAAUCAUUUAUCACUGUCCUGUCCGGAACUAAUUAACAGCAACAAAUGUGUGUAAAUGAGCACUUUACCUUUGCCAUUCACCUCACAAGGUGUGGCAUAUCAAGAUUAAUGUGCAGGCUUGACCUGGGAUGUCCACAAUAAAAGGCCUCACUAUUUUUGAUAUUUAUUUAUACAUCUGUUGUGCAUUAUUUCACAAAUGUCUGUACUUUUCAAAUAAUGUACAACCUAUUGAUGUUUACACAGCUUGUUUUGUCUCAUACAUGCUACUGGAUGAAUUAUCAUGCUGUCUAAUCAGCUAAUUGAAAUGGAAGAAGAAGCGAAAAAGUAGGGCUAUACAACAUAUUUUGUCAGCAAAUGCAUGUGUACAUGGAAAACGGUUUAGAUCCUUCAGUUCAGCUCAUAGAAAACUGUGCGCCGAAACCAAAGUGUAUUUGCUCUUUUUGCCAAGUGUAUAUAUCUAUAUGGAUAUAUGUAUAUCAGAUGUGCCUGUCUGAACCUUUACUGAGUCCAUUUUGGCCCAGAGCCUUGGCUUGUGUAGUUCUCUCCUUGCUGGUGACACAAAACACUGUAUCUCACUCAGUCAUAUAGACAUUAUUGAAAUGUUGACUUGAGGAUUAGCAUUAUAUUUGCGUCCUUUUGGAUGCUCUUACUCAUGUGUGCCACCCACUUUUUUUGGUUGCUUUGCUUCAAUUUGUGUGGAACGUGAGUGAAAAAUUUAACUUUUCUUUUGGAAGAAUGCGAUGGAGAGAAUAUAGGUCAGAAGAAAGAGAGAGAGAGAGCACAUUUGUAAUUCUUUUAGUACUCAAUCUGUGUGUAUGCUCGCGUGUCCUUUCAGCCGUGUUGAGUUCACAUCAGGAAUGCUGAAUUUUCAUUUCCUGUCAUUUUUUUUUUUAAAAAGGUUACUCAGGAUUCAUGUAAAGCUGAAGAAUUGCUUUGCAAGAAUUUUAUGUCAUUGAUAUAGACUUUAAAGUAAUCAUACAUGUGGCUGACUGACAUCAUUUGUUGUCUUGUCUCGGUGAACAAGUGGACUACAAAUUGCAGCAAUUGAAGUGCUCUGCGAUGUGACAGGAACUUAGCUAUCAUUCGUACACUGUUAGGAUGACAUUUAUAACAACUUCACUUAUCUGACAGUCAGCAGACUGCAGCCAUUGUACUUCUCUAACACGCCGUAAGGUAACGUUUGUCAUUCCAUUUAGAUCUCUCUUACUUUUCUAUUCAUCGGCCAGUGUGAAGAAGGGACCCAUCUAUCUCCGCAUUCCAAUUUAUGAAAGGGAAGGCCCAGUUGUGGCCUCUUGAUGAUCACUUUAUAAUUCAUAAUACUCUCUGGAAAAAGUCAAAAUGACAUUUGCAGUUCUCAUUUUAAUACCAGACAAGUGUUCAGCCACUGUACAAAAAAAAGAGUAUGUUCAUAUAUAUAUAUUUUUAAAUAUUCAAUCAAAUGCAUCCAUUUUCUACACAUUAAAAAUCCUGUUAUUGUUUUUUUUAAUCUA